AGAAGCAUACUUGCCAUUUUCUUUGCGAGUAUCAGUACUUAUUGCAGCCAUGGCCCUCGCCGUCCGCGCUAACGCCGCCACUGUGCGCCCUGCCAAGGCUACCCGCCGCAGCGCCGUUGUGGUGCGCGCUGAUGGUGGCUUCAUUGGUUCUAGCACCAACCUGAUCAUGGUGGCGUCGACUGGCGCGUGCCUGGCUGCUGCUCGCUUCGGCCUGGCUCCGUCGGUCAAGAAGCAGGCGACCGCUGGCCUGAAGCUGGUGGAGGGCAAGAACGCCGCUGGCGUUCUGUCCAACGACCCCGCUGGCUUCACCGUCGUUGACGUUCUGGCAAUGGGCUCUGCUGGCCAUGCCAUUGGUGCUGGCAUUGUCCUGGGCCUGAAGGGCAUUGGCGCUCUCUGAACAUGAGGAGAGCUGCCUGCGCAUUUUCGGUUCCGUCGGCCUUUGCUCGGCCGGGUUUUAGCAUGCUUCCUUGUCGGCGAUUUUGCCAUGUACACUAUCUGGUGCAUCUAACUAGUCUUUAGAGUAAGUGGUGCUGUGGACGGGCUAAACGACCAGUGGUGCCCCUGCUGCACCUCCGUCUCUGGAGCGGGUUGCCCAGGAGAGAAGAGAGCAUAUGUUGACUUCGACACACGUCUUGACGUGGUCUUUUUGUAAAAACAUUGGCUGUUCCA